AUAAGUCAUACAUAAGAGGAAGCAUCAUUUGGUUCUAUGCUCUUUGGAAAAACAAGAACAAGAAGAAAGACCAAUCUUUAAGGUUGUUUCUAUCAUACUUGGGAAUCAUGUUUUUCAAGUAUAAGCUCGGCUUCGUCUUCUUCCUCCUCUUCCUCCUCUCGAGCUCGUUUUUCUCCACUAUUUGCAUUGCAGGUGGGCCUUCUAAGCUGGUUCAUGAGGUUGUUAAUGGUGUUGUGCAUGAGGGUCGAAAGAGGACGACACGAGAUGAAAUGGAGGACGUCCACGAAAGGCUUUUGAGGGUAAACACCAAAGACUAUGGAAGAUAUGAUCCAUCUCCAUCUUUUGUGAAGCCUCCUUUCAAGCUCAUCCCCAACUAAGAGGGAAAAAAAACAAAAGAAUCCAUCACCAAUAUGGACUCCUUUACCACUACCUUAGCUUAUAAAUAAAUAAUCAGAAAUAUCAUGUGUUUCGUAGUAUAUGUAUAAUAUAUAUAGUAUAUAAUAUGGUCACAGACUUAGAUAUAUAUAUAUGAAUAUAAAGCUUUUAGUAAUGUUUUGAUGUAUA